GUUCGAUUGACCUUUGGCGCUACUAGUGUGACACAACAUGCAUGAUUUGUGAAGUAUUGCGAUGGACUUGGGCGAGAGAGGUUUUACAAUCGAUGCAAGUUCAUUUUUGAAAUCACAUAUUGAAUCGAAGACUGUGAGACUGUACAAUUACCACGACAUACCAUAUUUCCUUCGAGGCAAUCCUUACGUAACAUCUGGAUACAGAGCCUUCUUAUCCAUCAGGUUAUGUUUUAAAAGGUAAGGUUGAAUAGGGCCACACUUGGUCAAAUACCACUUUAUUUUCAGCUGAAAUUUGCAGACCAAAUGCCGGAAAAUAAUACCAUCUCUAUCCUAGACUAAUUAACAUUACAUCACAGUUCAGAUUCCCAGCACAUGUGUAAAUUUUUAAUAUAUGUAACUAUUGUAGACAACAAAACUAGCAAGAGUCUUAGUGAUAACAGUACUUUUGAAAAAUUUGUUUUUGUAUUUCUUUCAGUUUGUUUGUGUUGUCCAAUGAAUCUGUCAACAUCUGGUCCCAUUUAGUUGGAUUUUUCUUCUUCUUAUAUCUUCUUGUUGCUGACAACUUGGUUAGAAUUCCAGAAAACAAUGGCACCUUCUCUGAUCAUGUUGUGCUGACCUUAUUACUCAUUGGUUUCAUGGUAAGAUAAAUUUCAUGUACUCUCUAAAAUAACCUGAGAAAAAAGCCAACAUUUUCACGACACCACCAAUAAUUAUGGUUUCCCUGGAAAAUGAUGUCUGAGGAUGAUGCACAGAAAUUCCAUCACUGGUGAAGUGUCAUUUCCCAGUGACAAGUCAUCAGUAUGGAAUUUCUGUGCUCAUUCCUUAGACAUCAUUUUACAGGGAAACUGUUGGUGGUGUUGCAAAAUGUUAGCUGUUUUCUCAGCUUAUGGCUAAAACUGCUGUGAAAGGUUAACCAACUACAAGUACCAUGUGACAUCACUGAAUCAUAAGGAGAAAAAAAAGAUUUUUUGUUAUACUACAAACCCAGUAAAUUUCGUUUCUGUAGCUUCAAUAUUCUGAAGUAGGGAAGUAAUAAUACUCCCUCCCCUCCCCCAGUCACAGAAAAAAGAAUAGGUGUGGUCUGAAUAAAUAAUAUUCAUUCUAUUCAAGCAUAUCCUUAAUUACCUGUUGCUUUUCUUUUUUAGAUUUCUAUGUUCUUCUCAGCCUGUUAUCACUUAUUUUGUUGUCACUCGGAAAAGGUUUUUCACCUGUGGCUGUCACUUGAUUUGGCUGGUAUUUCUCUUGGGCUGUGUGCUUGCUACAUACCCGCUGUCUAUUAUGCUUUCUAUUGUCAUGUGGUAGGUAUCUAGAAUGAUAGUACAGGUCAAAUUCAAAUUCAGGUUAAAAUUUCUUAAUGAUCGAUCAAGCUAGGUUGGAUUUCAAUUUUCUUUCUUUGCCAAGUCCUAAUUAUUCAUGAAUUAGGUCUACAAGACAAGGGAAAUUCAGAAUCAAUCUAGGUAUAAAAAAGUUAACCUGAAUUUUAUUUUGAUCUGUAACAGAGACACUUAUCACUUUAUGACUUAGAAUUUUAUGAAUGGUAAUGGCUCAGCAUGUACCAAGAGUUAUUAAUCCAUGUGGGACUUUAUGCAAAGCUAUUUCCAGCUCCUAAAGGGCUUUGCCAACUGUACAAGUGGGUCUGUACCCACUCAAAAGUGCACAGCUGCAAAAUGUACCUGUUACUUUAAUAAUAUAAGGUAAUUUAUGCAGACAGACAUGAAGGGUAGAAUUGGAGUAGGUCCUUCUAAUUCGUUUCUUUACUCUCAAUGAUGGCAAGGAGCAAUUGGUUUUGCUGUGAAGCCUUCCUUGAGUGGAGCAUUCAUCCUUCAGUAUUAACAAGUUUGAGUUCAGUUGUUUAGAAAGAGAACUCUGAGAAUAGGGUUGUCACGUAUCACAUUCGCUACGGAAACAUCAACAAUCACUGUUGAGUUUAUCAGUUCAGAACGUCAUGUACAGCCAUAUCUGUAAGUAAUAAUAGAAAACUUUACUUAUUUAUUAAUUGAUAUUUUUUGUUUCUAGACCUGGCAAGGCCUUUACCUGAUUGGUGUAGUUCUCCUAACUGUUAUUUCACUAGCUUUCCAAUUUCAUCCUUCAUUUCUGACAUCACGCUGGGCUUCAAGGCGACUGCUGCUGUUCUGUGGCUUGGUUGCAUAUGGCAUUGGGCCAUCACUUCACUGGGCUCUACUUCUUGGGGGAUGGAAUAACUUAACUGUCAGAGUAUGUGAUACGUAAGCCCUCGUUACAGUAAAACAUUAUAUAGUAAAUGUAAUUAUUGAAAAAUGGUUAACUAUUCAUUGCAAGAGCUGGCAAUUGGUUGCACAAUUCAAGCUCACCAAGACACUGAGACCCUUGUUUAGAGUUAAAGACUUAAAACAAAAGGCGUUGAGACCCCCCUCCCCCCAAAAAAAUGGUCUUGUUUUAGGGCACAGUGAGUGAACUUCUAUGUAGUGAGGAGGGGGCUAUUUUGUUAUGGAGGAGACUGGGCAAGUGAAAACUGGUUUCGGGGAGUGCAAUUUGAAUGUCACUCGCCCAGAUAGCGAUUGCUCCAAAAUUUUAGUUUCCAACCCUGUAACCCUGGUGCAGAAGUUUAUGCGUGCAUGUGAGAAGAAGCUUGAUGGAAGUACUGUUGAAGUACUGUUCAUAAUGAAUAUGAAACCAAAAUUAAUCAUACUGUAUCCAAGCAUUCAAAACUUUAAAUGUAAUUUUAUUGUACAAAUUGACUUUGGUAUUAAAAGGUUUUCAAACAUGAUGUGCCAAUGAAAUUUUUGAAUGUUAACCCCCCCUAUCAGUUGCAUCUUACUUUCCUCAUAAUAUAGACCUAGCUAAAUGUUAUCAUAUUUUUCCGUCUUUUAGCUCUUUCUUCCAAAGGUGGUUGUGAUGUAUUUGCUAGGAGUACUUGCCCUAGGAUUUUAUGCUUUCAAAAUUCCUGAACGAUACUUCCCAGGUACAUGUGAUAAAUUAUAUGGUCAAUGUAUAAAUACCCUGCGAGCAUAAGUUUCUGGAGACUGGACGUUACUCUAAGAAGGGAGAGAAACCACUGUGAGCAACUGUUUGUUUUUCUAUCAGGCAUGCACGUCCACACGACGCUUACAUUAAAACGUCAAAUAACAUCACUUUCUCUUGAUUCGCAGUAAACAUUUAGGGACUUAGGAUCAAACAAUGCGAUGGCAACAAGAAUGUCAAAAAACAAUAGGUUCAAGAGUAGUGCUUUCACACUUUUUUGUACAUUUCUUUGCCAUUUUUAUGUGACUGUAAGGUGAAAAUGCCUAAUUUUGCAUUUAAUGAAGAACAUAAAAGCGCUACAAUGAAAUUUUAUUUCUCUUUCUGAAAUUGGAUAUUAUGGUCCCUGGGAAUUCAACUCUAGUUGGGUUCACCUACAUUAUUUUGAAUAUUAAAAAAGUAAGUGGGUAGGAGUAGUCAUGAUAAAGAAAAAUUCACUGCAGGCUCAUGUUAAGGUGGCAGUUGUAAGAGUAAGCAAAUGUGCCAGAGUCUUAACUUGCUUCUAUACAGGUUUUACCCGUUCAAAGUUAAUUUAUUUGUCCAUGGUGUUGGACGGCUGCUCAAUCAAAUAAGCAAAUGGUUGCUCACAGGGUAAUGUAUGAACCGAUUUAUAGGUACAAACUAUUAUGCUAUAAAAACCAAUGCAUUUUAUAGCAUAAUUUUCAGAUGUAAUAUAAUAUUAUAGGAGCUAGCAUGAAGGUUGAAAGGCAGUCAAAUAAUCAAAGUGGGUGUUCAAAAUGGCCAAAGCACAGAUGGUUGUUUGAGAGCAGCUUCAAGGUGUCUAGAUUUAGGAACAGGUGAAACACUGAGCAGCCAUCUGUAUCAAGUGUUUAUGAUCAGUAAUUCUUAAAGAAUUUCAAAGCAAAAGUUCACAUUUAAUUUUUUGGUUAUUAUAAUCCAGUAACCAAACCACCGACACAGUAGUGAUUUCCUUUGUUAAGACAUGAAUUGUUAAGGAUCAGUUUGAGAAGUACUUGACUGAUGUUUUGUCUGGUAUUCUACAAUCAUGACAUAAACCAGUGGAGUCUGAUGAUUAUAAAUGUGAUAGGUUAAUCCAGAAUCAUCACUUAUUUCUGAUCAGUGAUUCUUAAUAUUAAUUAAUUGUUGGGCAAGAAAUCUCCCUUACUAGAAGUAAAUCAGAUAAGACUGAUUAAGUGAUGUCAUGAUUCUUCUCAAAAUUGGCUUUGUGAGGUGAGGUUCAAGGCAGACUAAUACAAACAAACAUUGCUUUGUUUGUGUUUUGGUUUGUUUUUAUUUGUAUUUCCCAUCUCAAAAUACUCUGUAGUAGUAGCAAAGGUAAUGAAUUUAUCUCCCUAAGAAUUUUACCUUGUAAUUGUCAUUCUUGUUGAUUUUGUUUUUUAUUGUUAUUUUUUCAGGUAAAGUAAAUUUUGUGGGCUCUAGCCAUCAAUGGUGGCACUUAUUUAUUGUGUUAGCUUAUUACUGGUGGCAUAGAUCCAAUGUUAUCUACAUGAAGUAUAGACUCAAAUACCAGUGUUCAGCUAAUGAUGAACUCGCUUCUUCAGAAUUGCCAUUUGAGUUUUUAUAA